CUUUGACCAUAACAACCGAUUCUUAUAAACCCUCCAUCUCCGUGUCCGUCUAAUUUUAUUUUGUGGAAAACCCUAGCAUUCUUAUUUUUCUCAAAAUCACAGAAUUGCCAAGUUGGAGAAAAAAAUGGCUGGUGGAUCAGAUGAAGUGGAAAACACCGGUUUAUCUUGUGCUAGAUGUGGCAAACCUGCUCAUCUUCAGUGCCCCAAGUGCGUACAACUAAAGCUUCCCCGUGAAGAUGCCGCUUUCUGUUCCCAAGAUUGUUUCAAGGCAUCCUGGAGUUCGCAUAAAUCUGUUCACUCGGGUACAAAACCUUCUUCCCCUGCACCUGAAAAUUCUACUGAACGAAAUUUGGGCCUGCCCAAUGAUGGCUGGCUAUACUGCUUGCGGAAAGGACAGUCUCGGACCCCAAAGCUUCCACAUUUUGACUGGACAGGACCAUUAAGACCAUAUCCAAUAUCACCGAAACGUUUUGUACCUAAUCAUAUUGAUCAACCUGACUGGGCAAUUGAUGGAAUUCCGAAAAUUGAACCCAAUAGUGACCUGCAACAUGUUGUGGAGAUCAAAACUCCAGAGCAAAUCAAGAGAAUGAGAGAAGCUUGCCGGAUUGCAAGGGAAGUUUUGGAUGCUGCUGCUCGGAUUGUAAGACCAGGAAUUACUACUGAUGAAAUUGAUGCUGUUGUUCAUGAAGCAACUGUUUCUGCUGGAGGAUAUCCAUCUCCUUUAAAUUAUCAUUUCUUUCCGAAGUCUUGCUGCACGUCAGUAAAUGAAGUCAUCUGUCAUGGGAUCCCUGAUGCAAGGAUAUUAGAGGAUGGAGAUAUUGUCAAUGUUGACGUGACUGUGUACUAUAAAGGGGUACAUGCUGACUUGAAUGAAACAUACUUUGUGGGUAAUGUUGAUGAAGCAUCUAAACGGCUGGUUCAGUGUACAUAUGAAUGCCUGGAUAAAGCAAUAGCAGCUGUUAAACCUGGAGUCCGUUUCCGGGAAAUGGGGGAAAUCAUUAGCCGGCAUGCUUCUAUGUCUGGUUUCUCUGUGGUGAAAUCUUAUUGUGGUCAUGGAAUUGGCGAGCUCUUCCACUGUGCACCAAAUAUACCCCAUUAUGCAAAAAAUAAAGCUGUUGGAGUGAUGAAAGCGGGCCAGACAUUUACCAUUGAACCUAUGAUAAAUUCUGGUGUUUGGCGCGAUCGGACGUGGCCUGAUGGAUGGACUUCUGUAACUGCAGAUGGAAAACGCAGUGCCCAAUUUGAACAUACACUUCUGGUCACAGAUACAGGAGUUGAAGUUCUCUCUGCACGCCUGCCCUCGUCGCCAAAAGUGUUUCCUUGGGUGAGCCCAUAAAUGGAUUAUGGAUUAUUGUUGAGAUGAUUCAAGCAACAUUCGCAUUUACUUGAGGAAUGCGGUUUUCUUGUUGCUUUCUUGCUCUUAGUGGCAAGGUGUUGUAUUUGUGUACUAUUCUGCCUCAAAUUUUGAGUUAAUUUUUUUUUCAGUUUCAAAUGAUUGUAUUAUUUUCAGCAACUGAUAAUAAGAUAUCAAAUGAGAGGAUUCAAAUUUUCUUAUU